UGGAGGAAAGUGCAUGUGACAGACAGACAGACAGUGAAUCGAUUUUAAUAAGGCUUUGUUUUACAAAAAACCUUGAAAACGUUUACAAAUGUUACGAGCUUUCCAAGAUGACCGAGAAGAUGUCAAUGACGAACUUCGCUCUGGACGCCCCACAUCAACAACCGAUGAUAACGUCGAAGCUGUGAAGAAAAUUGUUUUGGAAAAUCGUCGAAUUACCAUAAGAGAAGUUGCUAAGGAUGUUGGCAUAUCAGUCGGCUCCCGACAUAUAAUUUUUUCGGAUAUUUCGGGCAUGAGACGUGUGGCAGCGAAGUUUGUCUCAAAACUGCUAAACUUUGACCAAAAGAACCGACACAUGGGCUUUGCUCAGGAGCUGUUGAAUGACGUCAACGACGGUCCCGAUAUGCUCAAAAGGGUCAUAUCUGGUGAUAAAUCAUGGGUAUAUGGUUAUGACGUUGAAACCAAAGCACAAUCAUGCCAACGGAAGUUCUCCGGAGAACCAGAACCGAAAAAGGCACGCCAAGUUCGAUCAAAAGUAAAGGAAUUUUUACCUUGAAGUUAUGCGCCGUUUGCGAGAAGCAAUACGAAAAAAAUGUUCAGAAUUGUGGAAAAACAAUUCAUGACUUUGCAUCACCUGCUCAUUUAUCAUUGCUUGUGAAAGAUUUUCUCGCCAAAAACAACGCGACAAUCAUGUCUCAGCCACCAGAUUCACCGGAUUUGGCACCCUGCGCCUUUUUUAUGUUCCCAAAACCGAAGAGACCUAUGAAAGGACGAAAAUUUACAAUGAUUGACGAGAUAAAGGCUGCAUCGCUGGAAGAGCCUAAGGAUAUACCAAAAAGUGUUUAUCAGGAAUGCUUCAAGAACUGGAAAAAAAUGCUUGUACAAGUGUAUUAUAUCUGAGGGCGAUUAUUUUGAAGGACACAAUAAAAAUAUUGAUUAAUAAAUAAAUAUUUUGUUAUAAAAAUAAAAAUUCACCUUACUUUUUGAACACAUCUCGUAAGUCGGCCUCAGCCUAGUCAACCUAAUUCCAAUUCUCUUAUGGCCGUGUAAAGUGUGAUUGUGCCCAAGGUGUAACGGCCAGCUGAUUUUUCAAAAAUUCAUCAAAAUAUUAAACCGAUCGCUCCAAUAUGCCCAUACGGUAAGAAAUCAGAUUUUCCUUUAUCUUGGCAAGACAAGUAUCGGGGUAUAUGUAUAAGGUUUCAUCUUCCUGACUGGUUGGUAAAACUUCCCUGCUUGUUAUGGUUGUUCCUUGUUUUUUUCGUGUUCAUAGAAUUUUUGUCUUUCUCAGGCUUCCUUUUCUAUCUCUGAAGUUGCUUCUCUGCUUGGCGGGAUUCACGAAAAGCCUCUGCGGCUACCGUAUUCCUUGAAAAUGCUACAUUUUCUUGUAUAUAGUAUUCUUGCGAUCCAUUUCUAGUCAAGAAUUAUCAUCCUUUUCUUUCUUGCGGUCAUUGUGGGAUGUAGCUACGCCUGUAUGUGUUACGGAUGACUUUAUUGUAAAUUGCUUUGAGGUUUACUCUCAUCUGAUUGUUACUUGAGGCCGGAAACAAGUCUAUAUUGGCCCCGCAUGUCCAAUCCAAGCCAAGGCUCCUUUCGUGGCUUCGUGACAAGUAGGUUUCCCGGCCAGGAUUUUUUCUCGGUACGAAAAAUCCUCAGCGAAUACCGCCUAGAUGUGGAGAUAAUGUUUGGCAGAUUUGUUAGUGUAAAUUCAUUAGCAGUUUCUCACAUUUUGUGCUUCAUUAUGGGUACCAACCCACGAUUUUACCUUAAGACCUAAGCUACUCAAAAGAUUUUGAAUUUAUAAUUUCCGUUUUGCGGCUUAUUAUAGAAAAAAAUUUAAAAAAAAAGACAAUUUCUACACCGUUAAAGCUU